CAGACUAUUGUGUGGAAAAACUGUUUUUGUGAUAACCCUGUGUUAAGGCGCAUGAUGUCGGAUUUUCUCAUAUGAAUUUGUGUACGAGUUAUUUGAACUAUCACUGCAUAGACAGUGGGUGCUAUUCGUAGAGAAACAGCAAUGGAUUCUUGGAAUAAUUGACCUCUGAAUUGGUUUAUUUUUAUUGGAUGUUUUAGAGCUACACUGACUAUUAAGUGUAUCUGAGGGAGACAGAAUGUACUGAGUGUGUGUAGAAGAAUAGCAUGAAUAGGUGUCUACUGUAACUAACUGUACAUUAUGUGCUGUGUGUAAUAACAGGAUAUCGUUUCUGCUGAUUUUGUGAGGAUUCGAGGAUAGAUCCAAAUUCUGGUGUCCAUCCAUGUUGAUUUAGUCAAUUAUAUAUUCUCGAUUAAAUGAGCUGCAGGACACUCGGUGUAGCACAACUAUCCACAUCUGUACAUUGACAUGGAUAAUGAGUGGUGCAGUCACUGUACUACAAGAGGUACCAUGUGUAUUUUGUAGGAAAUCCCACAUGUUCUAACCUAGAGCAUGAUCUAUGAGAUUGUGCCUCAAGAGUCAUGGUCGUAAGCUGGAAAUUACAAUUACUGCCUUUAUUUCACUAAUCGAAAUCAGAGUUUGCACAGGGUUCUCAAGCGCAGCAAACUCAGACUCCUACAAUCGUUGACCCCUGGAUGUUUAUACCAAGCCCCUUUGUGAUGCAGCUGGUUUAUUAAACACUGAUGACUCAGGCCCUCAUUCAUCCCUCGUUUUGACAGCCAUCUUUUAACAGCCAUCGGGAGAUAGGGGUUCAGAUCGCUGCAUACACAUUCGUUGUGUUGAUAGUGUGGUGGAGUUCAGUCCAUCAUUUAAGGAGUACAGGUCAGAGAUGCAGAUGCAAGCAGCCUCGGAAGAAAACAAUAAGUACUUUCGAGAGGAGAAGGAGGAUGGUGCCGUCUAUAAUGUCUAUCUGAAGAAAGUCGUCUACAAUUCAUUUCCAGAGGAUGUCCCUCCCGGUGACGGCCAGGGAUCGAAACUUGCCUGGGAGACGCUCAAGGUCCGACAGAUCAAGCAAGGGACACUGGAGAGGCUCGUGGAGAGCCUCGUCCAGGAAACUGGCCAGAUCGACUCGACGUACGUGAAUGUGUUCCUGGCAACCUACAGAUCAUUUGCCAGUGCCAAGCAGGUUCUGAACCUGCUGUUCAAGAGAUAUGAUGCCAUAGCAGAUAUCACCAGCAUGAAGCCUGACAUGAAGGAAAUACACCGCAAAUCCAUCCGAUCCGUGGUCCACGUCUGGCUAGACUCCUUCCCAGAAGACUACCGAGAACCUCUAAACUAUCCCUGCCUGCACUCAUUGCUAGACUUCGCACGCACCAAGGCAAAGGAUACGGACUUAGAAAAUCGUGCCAAGCACAAGUUGGAAAAGUAUCGGAAGCAGGAGCAGUUAGACGGGAGAGUGCCAGAGAUCCAGUACCGGUUCUCAAUGUGCGACGAGGUGGAUGGUGGCGAUUGUGAUGUCUGUGAGCCAGUCCAUCACAAACCGUACGAAUUCAUGUCAAUACCCAACUCAACGUUAGCAGAGCAGCUAACUUACAUUGACGCUGAUCUUUUCCGAAAGGUCCUUCCACAUCAUUGUCUCGGUGCAGUGUGGUCGAAACGAGGCAAAGAUUUCAGCAGCCAGGCGUCCUCAAUCACGGCGACGAUUGACCAAUUCAACGCGCUGACAUGCCGCGUCAUUUCAACAAUACUCAAUUGUCACGGGCAUAAGACGUCGCAUCGGGCAAAAGUUGUCAUGAAGUGGAUUGACAUUGCGCAAGAGUUGCGUGUUUUGAAGAAUUUCUCAUCACUCAAGGCCAUUAUAUCAGGACUGCAGUCAAAUCCUAUUUAUAGAUUGCGGAAAACGUGGGCUGCCAUCUCAAAAGAUUACAUAGAAAAAUUCGAAUCGCUUUCGGAGAUUUUUUCUGAGGAGAAUAAUCAGAUCGUAUGCCGUGAACUCCUUAUGAAGGAAGGGACGGCAAAGUUUGCCGUCACGGACCAGAAACCAGGGUCGACUGGUUCGUUACGGAUGCGACGGUCGAGUUCCCAACGACGGAAGUCUUGGAAUGGGAUGGGACUGAUAAUGGGUACGGUGCCAUAUCUCGGGACGUUCUUAACAGAUCUGACCAUGAUAGACACGGCUAUCCCAGACAACUCAGAAGACGGCCUCAUCAAUUUUGAAAAACGACGGAAAGAGUUUGAGGUUCUCGCGCAGCUAAAGCUGCUGCAGUCGGCGGCACAGACGUAUACGAUAAAACCCGACCCACAAUUCCUCACGUGGUUCGACAGUGUUCCGGUGCUAGAUGAAAAAUCAUCAUACGACUUAUCUUGUAGAAUCGAGCCACCUGUUGUUUCAAAAACGGCUUCCCUCAAGAAAAAAUCCAGUUUUCUUUCUUUGCACAUACGAAGGCUGUCGUCGGAAAACCUGGCGGUACCGGCCUCCCCGUCGGCGUACUCGUCUGGCGAGGAUCGGAUGAGUAUCAGUUCAAACAAUUCCAGUUCUCCAUCGCCGAAGACGAAACAUACACCACCUAUCAAACAUUCCAUGUCGAUGAGUUCGCUGGAGUCUCAGGAUCCCAAGUCUUCAGAUACGUGCGUUAUCAAAGUAUGCAUGGAGGGCGACGACCGCAGCAUCGAUAAGUCGACUUACAAGAGCAUUAUGUUAAACAAUGGUGACCAUACCUCCAGCGUCAUCAAAAGGGUUCUGGAGAAAUUCUCAGUGACGGCCAACCACGAAGAUUUCUGUAUUACUCAGUUACUGCCUGACGGAGAUCUCAACAUCCCAGAUAAAUCGAACGUCUACUACGCGAUGAACAACUCAGUCGAUCUCCUUUUCGUGCUACGAAAGAAAAGCUCCUUAAAAAACGAAUCACCGAAAAAGUUCAAGUCAAAGUUAUUACUCAAGAAAACUCCAAAGAAAUCAUUGUCGACGUCAUGACGACUCGAAAACUUCAGUUCAUGAGCAGUCACAUGACCUAACCCCGUCAAUCGACUGUGCCUGGCUUUAGCCUAUAAUUAUGGUGCUUUGUCCUUUUUGCGUUUUCAAAAACGAUGCUGUCGUUGUUUUAUGUGUUCCGUAGAAAGACAAUAGUUUGUAGAUGCUGUAAAUUGUUUGUUAGGAGUUGACAGUGUGUUUGUGCUGGCUGCAGCCUUUGGAGAUAUUUUUCAGUAAGAACGACGUAUUUGCCAAGUAGAAUGAUGUAUUUUCAAAUUAGAAAGACAUACUUUCUAAUCGGAAAUGUAAUGUAACUUAAAACAAAAUGAAAUGAAGAAUAAUUUACAGAUUUGACUGGAAUGGCCCUCAUUGACUAUUUCACUUUCGUCACGCUGCUUAGAAAAUCAGAGUCAUUGCUGUGUCUAUUGAAACUGAAAUAUUAUUUUCAGAUAAAUACUGGAAGGCAACACACUUUUACUACAUUCAUCAAUGAAUUUUUAUCAGAUGUUGGUCGAGUAUUGAAAUUGUGCUAGAAAAAAACUGCUGCUGUUGAACACAAAUUGUCCGAAUUUGUUUGGAAAACAUGCAGUAUCAUCAAUGGUAAAUAUCCUUUUGUCUCUGUCUUUCAAUGAGGAGGUCAAUAGAUGUAACUGUGUACAUGAAAUAAGAUUUUCUUUGUCAGUGUUUGUCCUUGAGGGUCAUUAAUUAACAGAUGAAAGGUAACUAAGCAAUGAUAUUUCAGAAUCCUAGCAAAUAGUAAAGGAAAAUGUGGCUAAACAAAAUUAUCUGUCAUUUUAGUAAUCGCUCGAUUUGUUGAAUAUUUUUUGUGGUUUGACACAAGUUGUUAGUUAGUGUUUGAUGUUGGUAUAUUUCGACUUGGCUGGAUGUUAACAUUUUGUAUCGUAUGUCUGCUGGGAAUUGUUGUCUGCAUGGAGGAGCUAGUUUCUUUGAUUUUCAAAGAUUUGCUCUACAGAAAAAAGCAGCAAUGGGUAAGCCAUUUGAAUUUCAAAUUACUGUACCAGUUUGGGUAUAAGAAUGAAAUUUUACCAAAAGUAAUGGGAAAGCCGUUUCAAAUUAUCGUACCAGUUUUGAUAUAAGAAUGAAAUUCUACCUGAAGUAAUUCAGGGAAGCUUCAACCAAUAUGGGUAUGAGAAUGCAAAUUUGACCAAAGUGAUGAGAAAGCCAUUUAUAAUUUACCUGAAUUUACCUGAAAGAUACCUCUCUCGUUUAGACAUCAAUUUUAUAAAUAGUCAUCAUAUGGUAAUGAUGUGAGAUUGGUAGUGAAGAAUGUUUUCAUGAUGUAUGUUGUCUGUGUAUAUAGUGUGUAAAUGUAUUGUACAGUGCUCUGUUUUGGGUUUAAGAUUAACUCAAAGGACUCAGGGGAUGCUCUCAUUGGUAAAGUCUGUGCAGAGGCAAAGUGUGAGACAUUAGAAUGUAGUAGUAUGUCCAGGAAUCCUGGACUUGUCAAUUGUCCGAUGCUGUAACUUCAUAGCCAAUCAGCGUGGGUUUUGCAUCACUGUUGCCUGAGGUGUGUGAAGUGACCAGUUUUGAAACUUCGAAAUUGACUUUGAAAUUUUAACAUUUUGAAAAUGUCUUUGGAUUUAAAUGAACAAAUUUGAUGCAGGAGCUACCACUGUGGAAGUUGCAACAGCUCCUUACAGAGUUCGCAGUAUUUAAAAUCUCAUUGCUUUCAGAAACGAGUCCUUUGAGUAAAACAUGUUGUAACUGCCAAAAUGUCGCCGAACUUUUCCUAAUGAGGCAUAAUGGGUUAUCCUAAGGAUAUUUUCUUAUUUGGGUUCUUCCUUUAUGGCUAUUUGGGAAAGACAGGCUGUGGUCAUGAUGUUGAUGAUGAUCUUUGUACAUUGUUCGGAAUAAAAUAUGGAUGAAGAAG